CACUACUAUAUAACAAAUAAUUUGAGUAACACAUGGUGCACUCGUCUGACGCUGCGAAGUGGCAGUUGCCAGGAUGGCGCAUUGAACAGAGUUACAGCAGGAAAUGUCUUAUAGGGAACUGGGAGGAGGACCGACGUGGCAAGUUUAUGAAAGGAAAUGAGGUAGCCACUAGCUCCAACAGACAAGACUACAAACCGUACGGUCCAGAGGUUAAACCGGAUACAGCUGUUAGACGUAACGCUCUAUCUAAAAGCGAGGGACUUGGCAAGGACUAUCUGUUCCGUCACCAUGGUGACGCACACGAGGGCAACAUAAUCUCAUGGUACGAUGUUGACUACAAUGGUAGAGCAAACAAACAACUGCCAGAAAAGAGAACCUGGGACCCUCAUAAGUUGUGCUGGUUACCCGAGACUAGUGAUGUUCCCACUAAAGGAAACGGAAGCAAGUUUGGUCUAGCUGAUAAGCUGAGGGCUAAAUGGGCUGCUGAAGCUGAAGGUCCAGGUUCAGUAACAAAGAGCUCGUAUCCAGUUCACGAUACUUCUGCUAUGGUCACUAAACGUGCAGCUACAGCAAAACAUCUCAGCUCUCACUUUACACCUCAGAGUAUUAACAAGGAUUUGGCACUUCGAGGAGGUCCCAUCAUCCCGCCUAGACCUGAACAUCCUGCCAACCUGAAAGUUCCUAAUAAGUUCCUGUUGCCUCAGUUUACCAACGCUACCAUUGAUCAGCUCAGAACUAGAAAUGUAGUCGCAGCUCACCAGAAGCAGACAAUGCCUCCAAUUGCUGACUAAACUAGGACAGAGAGCGUAAUUUAACAGACACUUGUAAAGGAACAUUUACUGCUGAGGAUGUAUCCAAUUUAGAAGAUGAGACUCAAUUUGAUCUGUGUACAUAUUAAGUAAUUUAUUGUUUAGAGUAAACGAGGGUACCUUUUAACUGAUCAGGAGGUAUAGAUUAAACUUGGUUUUCAUAUCAAGGAGUAAAAUUUACGCCAAUCCUGUUACCCUUAUCGUGUAAAAUGUGAUAGUAUUGUGGCAAACUUAUAUCGGAAUUUUAGUGUUUUUAAA